UAGCUUAGAUUUUUCUACGAUUUUUGUUAUUUUGAUGUUUUGCUACAGUGUCAUUUAAAAUCUAAUGGAAGUUCCAAAUAUUGACCAACAAAUAAAGGAAUCCUUUGAUGAGUUCAGCAUGUUUCAUUCUGAUAACAUUGAUUUAAUAAAUUCUAAUAAAGACGAAGAUGCUCAAAGUGUACCCCUCAAUAAAAAUCAUAUAUUAAAAGAUGCCAUAUAUUCUGAAGAAGCAGAAAAAACUAAAAACAUUAUUUUCACAGAAAGCGAUGAAGAAAUUAUUGAUAUAGAAGAAUUUAAAUCAGAAGCUGACAUGGAAAAUUUAAAACCAUGUUCUUCACUUGCUACUUGGGUGCAGUGUGAUCAAGAACAUUGUCAAAAAUGGCGACUCAUUGAAAAUGAGCCUCUUCCUGAGGAAAGCCAUAAAUGGGAGUGUUGUAUGAGCAAAAAUUCUUGUAGAAAUAAAUGUGAAUUUUCACAGGAAACAAUGCCGAGUGAUAAUGAAGAAACGCUACAUACAUCAUUUUUACCUGGAGAUCUUGUUCUUGGUAAAAUGCCAGGAUAUCCUUGGUGGCCUGGUAUUAUUGAAGAUGAUCCUGAUUUUGAAAGUUUCUUUGAUUGUCAGAUAAGAGGAGAUAAAGAAGUUAUUAGCUUUCAUGUAACUUUUUUUGGUAAAGAAGCAUCAAGAGCAUGGUUGCAAAAAACCUCGAUUGCAAAUUUUGACGGACAUGAAAAAUUAGAGGAUUUAGGUCCUCUGUCUUAUCAAGGCAAAAGUUUUCGUAAAAAGGUUCUUGAAGCCUUAAAGGAAGCAACCAAGGCUCUUGAUAUGACUAACGAGAAAAGACUUCGAAAAUACGCUUUUAUGACAAGACAUAAAGAAGGAAAUGCAAAAAUUCGAUCUAAAUCUAAAGAAAAAAAAGAAAGCAUAACAAUUAAAGAAAAAAAAGAAAGUAUAACAGUUAAAGUGGUGAAAGAAAAAAAAGAAAGUAUACCAAUUCAAGAGGUUCAGAAAAAAAAAGGUUUAAAUAUUCAUAAGGUUAAAUUAGAUGUUGCCAAUGCCAAAAAUUUAUAUUCUGAAGAAAUACAGAAAAAUUGUUACAAUAGUAAUGAUGGUCAAGUUAAUAAGUUAAAAGAUAAUCCUAAAAAAAUACAUUUUAAUGAUACAAUAAUUUCUUCAGAUAAUAGUGAGAAAUUAACACCGAGUCAGGAACACGCAGAAAAAAUGAUAGAAAAAUAUGUUACUGCUGAAAUGUUAGUUGCAUUUAAGUCCAAUUAUAACAACGAAAGUAUUAACGUUUCGGAAAAAAAAAAAGCUCCGUUUAAAUCUAAGAAAAGAAAAAACCAGAUUAAUGAAUCGGUUAUCUGUAAUGAAUCCGAUGUUAGUAAAAAAUUAAAAAUUACAAAAAAUUGCGUGGUGAAAAAAAUAUCUAGUAAAAAAAAAUUAAAUGAACAAAAUCUGGAUUGCUUAACCGGUUCAGCUGUUACCCAAGUUCUUAACGAUGAAAAAGCCUUUAUUGUUCAAAAUGAUGUUUCUGUCACUAAUUCAAAAAAGAGAAAGAAAAAAGAAAAGCAGAUCAUCAAUACUGCUAAUCAAAUAAAAUUAAAAAAAACUGUUGGAGAAAAAAGGAAAAAAGUUGAAACUCAAAAUUUAUCGGAAAAAAAAAAUUGUGGUAAUAUGGAAUCAAAAAUAGAACAAAAACCCAUUACAGACGUCAAGAAAAGUUCAAAAGUCUCGUGUAAAGCAAAAGUUGAAACAUUUCAGAAUGUUAAGAAAUUCAAGAUUGUUAAGAAACUAGAUGAAUCCGAGCUAAUUAAGGAAAGUAAUGAACUUGUUAUUGACAGAAAACAUUCUGACGAAAUUGAAAAACCAAUUACAGAAGCUUGUAUUGCUAAAGUACCUCCUACCAUUGAAAUAAAUGUAAAACCUUUACUAGAUGAUCAAGAUAUGCCAAAUAAUAAAAGUUUAGAUUCUUGUGGUGAAAAUUCAUUUAUCAAAGAAGUAUCGAAAUCGGAUCCACAUAAAAAGAAAAUAUUGGACACAGAAAAAAUACCAAGAAUUCAAAAUAUACCAGCGAUUAAUUCUGAUAACGAUUUCAAGAAUGAAACUCGCAUUACCAGUCCGACUAACAAUAAAAUCGGCCAUAAAUCGACACAAAUCGUUUCGUGUCAGUUAAAACCUACCUUUAUAAAAAAAGGAAUUCCCUCUAAAAAAUCUGUUUUUAAAGCACCUGUCAAAAGUGAAGUUGCUAAUUUAACGCCUUCAAAUAAUGUAUCAAUAACAUCUUUUAAAACAAAGCCAUUGAGUUGUUCUUCAAACGUUGCAUCUGAAAUUUUACAACGUGUCGCGGAAAAUGAAUCAAGUUCUUUAGUGUUAAAUAAAGAAGAUGAAGGUGACGUUGAUAUCGGAUUAGAAAUGAAUCUAUCCUUACAAUUGGAUGACGUAUCGUCAGUUUUACCAAGUAGCUCUCCAGAGUUCUAAGAACGUUUAUAAGGAUUUGUCAAGUUUUUUUAAAUGAAUUAUUUUCUAAAUUUAUAGUUCUUGAUGUUUAUAAUUUACAUUAUUAUUAUUUAUCACGUGAGUUUUCAUAUUGGUUUGGAAUAAAUAUUUGAAUAUUUGUUAACUUUUUUAAAUGUUA